CCAUUGGACGCAGCGGCAAAACUUUAUCCUAACUUUCCAGCUCUUUCGCUAGUUCUCACUCUCCACUAUGUCGGGAGGCACGGACCGUAUGAUUAGGAACUUUAAACAGUUCGCGGGUAACCAAUACAAGUUAUUCAAUGCUCGCUAUGGGCAGCAGAUCAGUGACAUUUUUGAGUUCCCGAUUAAGCUUGUCUUGUCUCCCUUCACUCUCGCUUUUGACAUUGCUGGCUCCGCCCCUCGUGGGUUCGGUAUUCCCAAGUUCAUUACCAAGCUUUCUUACGCUUCUGUUUUUGCAAUUGCUACACUUGGGACUUAUGAUAUUGCACUAGAGCUGGGCAAGAAGGUGGUAUGCCAGAGGCAUUGUCGUACAUGUAAUGGUUGGCAGGCAUUGCGGUGUAGUAUGUGCCGAGGAUUAGGGCAAGUGCAGUACCAAGUAAAAGAUUACACCUUGAGAAGCGGAGAGAAGGCAACUGCUGAACGUGUUGCAGAUGCCAUUGUUGAUAACCGGGCAGAGUUGGUGCACCUUCCAUCUACAAUUGAUCUUAAUUCACCAUUGCCAUCCAAAGACUGCCCGACUUGUGAUGGAACGGGUGUCAUGGGCUGUCCUGAAUGCAAACACAAGUUACAAGUCACAAUAUCAGCAGAUGAUAUCAUGGAGCCUCCAUGGAAAGCCUACAAUAUCUUGAGAAAGAUGGAUUAUCCAUAUGAGCAUAUAGUUCACAGCAUGAAGGACCCCAGUAUUGCGGCGUUUUGGCUUAUGACAUUGCCUCAGGUUGUGGGUGGAUUUGAAUAUGAUGAUAAUGUCAAGCAGAAAAUUUGGUGGCAAUACAAGGAAUCUAUGCGGUAUGAUCAACUUCGGGAGUUAGUGGCCAAGCGAAAUCCUGGCUGGGAAUACUUGCAGGAAGCUUUAAUCUCCAUAGAUCCUGUCCGUGCCAGGGAAGACCCUGUUAUAGUGAAAAAUAUCCCUUACUACAAAGCCAAGAAGGCUCUAGAAGCAGAAGUCAUGAAGUUUGAUCCUCCACCACGGCCUCAAAAUUGGGGUGAACUUGACCUUCCGCUCAAUGCCUCUUCUUGGAGUGAGGAGGAUCUCAAAGACCCAAAAAAAUUGUAUGAGAAGACUGUUCUUCUGAAUGCCCAGAGAGAAAUGGCUGAUAAAAUUUUGGAUGCUCAGUGGGAAACUAAAUGGCGACAAGAUAAGUUAAACGAGAUGCUGGACGAGAAGGUGUGGCCAUACAUUCAGAACAUUGACAACACUGUUCUUUCUCGGCCUAUUCUAAUGAAACCGCAGAAUAAGAAUCAGAAGAGGACUCGGCAAAAGAGAUGGUGGUUCUUCUAACAAGAUUAUAUCAACUGGUUCUUCAUCUGGUUUCCCCGCUCCAACUCGCAAUCUCCCUUCUAUAAUAUUAUUCAGUCUUGUAAACUUUUUGAGAUGCACUAAAUGGCAUCUGUAGAAAAUCUGAAGUGUUUUUACAGACCAUUGGAUUUUAUUUUUAGCUGCCAGACAGAUACAGGUUUACUUGCUGUAAGAUGGUGGAAGUAAAAAUAGUUGAUAUUGAUGUGAGUUAAUCAGAUGGGAAACGACAGUUGGAUUAUAAAGCAUAAGGUGGUUGUACAAUGAUUCAAGAUUUAUAGUUAAAUAUAUAACACUGAAAUGGUGCUCUGUGAAUUUAGCAAA